AUGACUGCCAUUCCUGCAGUACUGCUCCAGCUGAUGACUGCCAUUCCUGCAGUACUGCUCCAGCUGAUGACUGCCAUUCCUGCAGUACUGCUCCAGCUGAUGACUGCCAUUCCUGCAGUACUGCUUCAGCUGAUGACUGCCAUUCCUGCAAAUGGGAUGGUGAAGGGUCAACUGAUUUCCAAUGAUGCUGAUUGGAGUGAUGAAGAUGGUGUCAAAUCUGGCUCAGCAACAGGUGUUUCUGAGGCUGAAAAUGACGACUUGAACAAGGGGAAGCAGAAAGCAAUAAUCAUGGCCAAGUCUCUCAAUGGCAGAAAGUUUGAUCCAGUCAACAUCAUUCUUGACAAGAUUGAUGCAGAGUUAUCUUCUCUUGGUAAAUCACAGUCGAGCUCAACAACAGGAAGCACAGUGUUACGCAAGCCAGGUUCUAGGUCUAAGGGUUCUGAUGGAUCUCGUUCUGGUGGAUCUCACAAAAGCUUGUCAAGUAAGGAUGGAACAGACACAGGCCUUGGGACGGCCAGUAUCCAUGACAACCUGUCAGAAGGUGGGGACCUGCCUCGAAUCAACGGAACAGCUGAGAUAUACAGCGACAUUGGAGCUGUUACCACUGAUCACUAUAGUGAUGAGGAUGCUAAAAAAACAGGACCUCCAAGUGACCUUGACUCUGUCACAGCCCAGCAAGUUGAUGCAAAGUUCAAGGCCAUCCUACGCAAGAAAAAAGCAUACCGGAAAGGUGGUUACCUUGACAACCUGAAGGCUAGUGACACAGAGACAAUAAGGACUGAGGAUUUUGAGAAUACAUUCAAGGAAGCACUUGUGUACCAGUCAGACUCCGACACACUGGAAAAUAUGUCUGACGAAGACAGCGAUAAUGUGUCCGGUAAACUGACCGACAGUGGAGCCGAGACUCCGACCAAGGCUGACCUCUCCUGGGAUUACUAUGACACUGACCAGUCGAAAGCCAAUAGAAACACUGAUGGUGAAGAAAGAGUGUUCGAACGACCCCUCUCUCCAUCUGGACUCUCUCAGAACAGAACUCCAUCACAGCCACUUCCUUACCCAUCUGAUCCUCCCAGGAAUGGAACCUUGUCCCAGUCUAAAACUGUACGACAGACUGAAAACAGACUGAGCUCACAGCCCAGAGGUACAGAAAGACAGUCAACUUUUCAUGGAUCAAAGUCAUCACCAAGACGACAAGCUAGUUAUUCCAGGAGAAAACUUGGCAACAUCAGUGACGCAGACUCUAUCAAGACAGAGGAUUUUGAAGUCAAAUUUCAGGAACUUGUUUUUCGACCUUCAGCUGAAAGUGAGACUGACCAUACAGAAAAUGACCCUCUACAUGCCAAAGUCAAGGAGAUUCUCAAGGUCACUGCUCCAUUGAUGCUGCUGAAGGGACAAAUCAAAUGGUUGGACCGACAGAAGAAAGAAAAGAAACCUAAUGGUCGUGUGAAGAUAGAUGAACAAUUAUCACAGAAGACUUCUCUGAAAAGGUCACCGAUCAAGACCUCAUCCUCCGUAGAUGAUGUUCGUAGAGAGAUUGAUCGAGAGUCUUCCAGGAUUCAGCAGGAGAUAGAGAAUGAGAGGCGGGCCAAUUUGCCAGCAUCAAGAAGGGAUUCUAAAUCCCCAACUAGGACACUUAUUGACCUCAGCACUAGCAUGGACAAGCCAGCCUUUAAUGAGAUAAGCAGUGAAAAGUCUGGAGGUCAUGAUUCCAAUAAAGAUAUCUCCUCCCCUUUGGGUCGAUCCAGUCCCACCCUACAGGACUAUGAAGACUCUGGCUACAAAACACCUCCCAGGGCUCGCAGCCCCAUUCUACGUGCACGAGACAGGAUUAGUGGCAUGCCUCCCAUGCAUCCUAAAUCUGCCACAUUCUCCAGAGAGGAAUCACAUAGGACAGUAUCUUCCUCAAGGGAAGAACCAUUUCGAUCUUCCUCACCUAACCCAAAGUCUAGAACUUCUCUCACAGAUUCACUGAGACCAGGUUCUCCACGGCUGGAUUUCCCGGAUCCAAAGAGGUCAGUUUCUCCCAUCCUCCGAAGUGGUAGUUCGUCGUUCCAGGAACAAGAUCCUUCCUCUAGCUUUUCCAGUUCCCGUGCUGGCCAUGAUGAAGAACCACAUUCUCAUGGUCCAGAGCUUAUGGUGCCAGUCACCCCUAAAUACCAGGAUUUGUCUGUGCUACGGGCUCGCUCGCUUAGUCCUAAAUCCAGUGACAGGCCAAGAAGUCCUCUACAAGGUGUUCUCAAGGAUAAAACCUCUCUGACAGGGCCGCGCCCAGCCAGUCCCCGUCCUGGAUUAGAUCACUCCAUGCGGUCAGAACUGUCUGUAUCCUUUCAAGACCAGCUUCCCUCAUCCUCACAGAGGUCACAUGCAAGGUCACAGUCUGUUGAGGGUCGUUUGGUGUCUGAUCUACAGGGGGACAACAGUAAUUUAAGGUUCAAUCACCGACGAAGAAACUCCUAUGAUCCAGGGGUGGACUCGGCAGAAGAGAUGGAAAAUAGCCGGGGUACGUGGAAAGCUUCACGAGCCGAGCUCCAGAUAGCCGAGAAAAAGCUGAAAGGUGUUAAUGCACAGAUCGAGGAUGCCAGGACUCAGCUUAUGUUGACUGAGUUUAAGCGAGAGAACCUCCUGAAGGACUAUGAACGGAUGUCUGAAGACCUUCAGAGGAAGAAGAAAGAGAUGAAGGAGGUUGAAGAACAGGAAAGGACUCGUAUGGGAGACAGGAGGCGUCCCGACAUGAAUGAUGACAAGACUCGUGACCUUGUGAAGGAAAAUGACAGUCUCAAGAUUCGUCUACGACAGAUGGAUGCUUUAGAGCUAGAGCGAGAUGAAGUAGUUCGCCAGCUGGAGCUUGCCAAGGAAGACUUAUUCAAUGAACAUCGUAAAGCUCGCAAGGAAAAGGAAGAUCUCAAAGAGGAGGUGGAAACGCUGAACAUGAAGUUAGAAGAGAGACAUGAUGGUGAUGAUGUAGCUCUACGUCUCCACAAGAUGGAUGCAGCCUAUAGACGGAUGGAAAAGGAAAAAAAUGAGAUCAUCCAUGAGAAGACUAAACUCUAUGAGGAGUUGCGUGACAAGUCGAAGGCUAGCAUGACUGAAGUUAAGCGCAGUGUCACUCGUGAGUCUGGAGAAAUGCGAAAUGAAAUUGACGAUCUUGGUCGUAAAGUUAACCUGCACCAGGAGGCCAUCAAGGAGAGAGAUGACAUCAUAGCUAACCUCAGUGAGAGAAGUACAGAUCUUCAGCAGAGGCUGACAAGGGAGAUAACUACCAAGGAUAAUAUGAUGGAGGAUCACAAACGUACACUUCAGAACCUUAGGAAAGAGAUGGACUCGGCCAUGAUUCAGCUAAGAGAGAACAUGUUUCUGGAUAAACAGCAAGCCCUGGAUACACUGCGUCGAGAACUCGAACAGGAACGCCGUGAUACCACAAUGCGUGCUGAUGAUAAACUUUCGCACCACAUCACAGAACAUGUGAAUCUUGUCAAGUAUAAACAGGCCAAGGAAGAUGAGAUUUCUCGUCUGAUUGACAUGGUAAAAAAACUUGAGGAGGAACGACGGGAUACUGAGAGGAAAUUGAGGGGGAGAGGCGACAGAGGGAACACUUGGCAGACAAAGUAA